UUCACUUUAAACUCUCAGCUCGCAGGAGGAGCAUAGGUCUUUCAGCUCUACAAAUCUGGAGCUUGUUGUUGCCACUUCAUUAAAACUUUCUGCAAUUCCCAAGCAGACGCAUUUGGAUUUUAAUUGCCAGUUGAGAGGACUGUUGGAAGGCGUUUGAUCUCCAGACAGACUGAGAUCUGACCUCCUCUUGCCCGCCCAGACAACAUCUGCUCUUCUGUUGCACCCAGUGCCCCCCAGGCCGCCUAGAGAGUGGGCACAGCGCCAUGGUAACUCACAGCAAGUUUACCUCAGCGAUGAGCAGCAGCCCCCUGGACUCCAACAUGCGGCUGCCUUAUCAUUACAAGACUUUCACGUCAAAGUCGCAGUACCAGAUGGUCCUGGCAACGCUUCACAAGCUUCAGGAAAGCGGCUUCUACUGGAGCACCAUCACCGGUAAGGAUGCCAACGCUCUUCUGGCAGCCGAGACCACUGGUACCUUCCUCAUCCGGGACAGCUCUGACAACCGACACUUGUUCACCCUCAGUGUCAAAACGGCGUCGGGCACCAAAAACCUCCGCAUCCAAUGUGACAAGGACUCUUUUUACCUCCAGACAGACCCUAAGAACAUUAACUCUGUCCCUCACUUUGACUGUAUCCUUAAACUGGUCCAUUACUACAUGCCUCAAAGCAAAGGGAACACUGUCUACUACAUUAAUUCUGGAGGGGAGAGGAUCCCUCUGGAGCUCAUCAAACCUCUCUCCUGUACCCUGUCCUCCUUACAGCACCUGUGUAGGAAAACAGUCAAUGGCCAUUUGGACAUUUCUUCUAAAAGAGACCACCUUCCUCCCCACCUCAAAGACUUCCUGCAGCAGUAUGAUGCUUGUAUCUAAAGGUGUGGACAGAUGCUCUUGAAGGGGCAAAGACUUGAGAGUGAAGAAGAAACGAGAUGGUGCCGGCACAGCUACACGGAGGACACGCACACUCUUGUCGGGGGAGGAAUAAUGCAGCAGAGAGGACGGACUUUAGCCCCUUUCUGAGCAUGUGAAAAGUAGUCGGUUUGGCAUUAGGAGAUGCGAGAAGUUCUCACAGAAAUGGCGUCAUCAGUUUAUUAAAAUGUCAAAAAAACAAGAGGAGACACUGGAUUCCGAUGGUUCAGAGAUAGAAAGCACCAUUACAAUCAAGUGGUUUCUAAAGACAGAUUACUCCGUCGUCCUCCUGCCUCACUGAUGACGUACAACUCACUAAAAACUGAAAUGAGGCCCACAGUCAGCUGUCUACAGUGUGGUGACGCAUAGUUCCCUUUGCUGCUGCUAACCAACAUGUUAUUAGGCUGUGAAGCUCACACACACGCAAGCCUUAGAUGACCAUCCAUUAAUCAGAGUUGGACUGGCACUUACGGUCAGACUGACCUUUUUUUUUUUAUUUUAAUGGGUGAUAACCUUCCCUCUUUUUCAAAUCCCGGGGUCUUCAGCCAAAAGCCAAAUGUUCCCUGGAAAUUCACAGAGGAUGGAAACAGAGGAGUGCUUAUAAGUGGACACUGUUUGACCUUCUGGCUGGGGUUUUUCUCAACAGCUUGGAGGUACGAGAGCUGAACAUAGUAAUCUGACAUUUAUAACUUAUUGAAGAGCUGAAACAGAAAAAAAGGUGUGUUAAUGCCAAAAUUUGCCAGACAACGAGGUGUUGAAAGACCAACAUGACUGAAUCCUGGAGGAUGUCAUAUGAGAAAGUAGUACCACUGCUGAGUUAUGCCAAUAAUGAGUCAACCCAUGUAUGGCUUCAGUGGAGAGCAACAAUGUCCUGAGAGAUGUGGUUGCAUUUGUGGCACAAACCGAAUCAUGAGUGCCUCCAAAUGAAUGUAUUACACAUGGUAUCUGUCUUUUCCUAACACGGAAAGCAGUCAAAAUGUACUUUACUUUCCUUAAAACAGUGUUUACAUGAUAAUAACAUUGGUAAACUGUUUUUUUUGUUUUUAUUUUGUCCUGUCUUUUAUAAAGAUGUAUUUUUGCCAGCUGAAAUUCUGGCUCUGAAUGCUUGAAGAUAUGAGAAGUUUGACAAAGCAAGUUGACACAACUUUGCACUUAUUUAUAUUUCUGUAAGCAUUUCAUUAAUUUAUAAUAAAGUGCUAUUUUUCUAUGAAAUGAAA